ACUACUACUUGAAGGGUUCUGUAUUAUCAUCUCUGCCGCUACACUAUUUUUAGGGUUUUUCAGUCUCUCUUCCUUUAACUCUUCUCAUCUGCUCUAGAAAAAAUAUAUAUUCAAAUAUGAGCCUCCAUCCAGAAGUCAAGUGGGCACAAAGGCCUGAUGUGGUGUAUCUCACUGUGAUGCUACCAGAUGCUAAAGAUCCAAAAGUAAACUUGGAUCCAGAAGGAGUGUUUAACUUCUCUGCUAGUGCUGGGGCAGGUGACCGUCACUAUGAGUUGAAGCUUGAGCUUCAGGAUAAAGUUAAUGUUGAGGAGAGCAAAAUUAGUACCGGCGUGAGAAGCAUAUUCUGCAUUUUGCAAAAAGCAGAGCCAAAAUGGUGGACUAAAUUAUUGCGUGGAGACGGUAAAGCACCACACUAUGUGAAGGUAGAUUGGGACAAGUGGGUGGAUGAAGAUGAUGAACCUGAUGCUGGUCCUGGGGAUAUGGAUAUGAAUUCAAUGGAUUUCUCAAAAUUCGGUGAUAUGGGUGGAAUGGGAGGUGAUAUGGCUUCAAUGAUGGGCGGAAUGGGCGGAAUGG